GCGCAACUCCAAAUGUCUUGAUAUAAGUUAGCAGUCGCAACAAUCGCUCAUCCCGUACCUUCCCGCCAUUCAUUUGUCGGCUGAGUGCGUCCGACGCCCCGAAAGAUUUCUUCCUGCCAGCCAGACCAUGAUGGAGGUUCAGGAGAUCCUUCGGAGCGUACGGCCUCUCGUCGGGGGAGUGAGACCCAUUAGAACGGUGCAAGAAACCCAACCGGUUGAGGAGUAUGACAACGCUUACGUUGCGGGCGUGAACGUGAAAAGCGCCGCAAAGGUCGUCAAAGUUCUUGAUGCGGCCUAUCCUCGCGAUGCCUCUCGACCUAUGAACCAUCUCCGCCGAUUCGCAAAACACAAUAAUCUUCCUAAACCCCUGCACCCAAUUCUCUUGAAGGAUAACCCCUCACCACAGACAAUAUUCGUCCUUAUCUCGCCACCUCUUCCCGACGUCGCUCAUUUAGAAGAACUGCUCGCACCUUACCUUCCUCCGCCUACAGACCCUGACGCGCAAUAUUCGGAUCCUACAGGCCAGGUCAAGGUCAAACUGCACACGAUUCGAGUGCCCACGCUCCCACCACUCAGCACGGCGCAGGCGGAGAAAUGGUCGAAGGAUCUGUGGCCCGUCGUGUAUAAUCCGGCGGCUGCGCGGCUAACGGUUUCCCCGCCUGCCCAGGUCCUAAGCCGGGCUCGCGAGUUCAUCCAGCCGGAUGCGGGCCGGUAUUUGGCAUUUGCACGAAAGGUCGCUGAGGAGGCAGAGCAGUGUGGUCGAGGGCGGGGCGUCGGCGCCGUGGUUGUUGACCCGGAUAUCGUUUCGAGGAUCCUAGAUGCCGACGGCGACAUCGAGUCUCGAUGGCCGGAAGCUAUUGUCGCUGUUGCCGGCGACGCGAGGUAUUCCCGUCGUGAAGCAGGGGCUCCGUCAACAGCCGAACGACAUACAGGACCAGGACCAAAUCCAGCCACGGCUACAUAUAACGCAGACGUAGAAGGCGGCCCAGACCUCCACGCACUUAUGCGAGCAGCAGAGAUAAUCGCCUACAAGCGACGCGCCGGUGAUCGGAAUGCAGAAAACGAUAAACCGUCUCUGAGCCCCCUGGAAUCAUAUUUCGUCUCUCAAUCAGACCUCACAGCGCCGGAUCCACAGCCCGAGCCCAAGUCCGCCUCUGAAACAACAGAUAUCUCCCCAGUUCCAGAGAAAUACCAAAAAACGGGACCUCACGACUCCCAGGCUGUGCCCGCCUCGUCAGCCACAGAUACGGGACCAGGCCCCCGCAUACGCCCUCGCUCCCAGGGCGGAUACCUCUGUACAGACUUAGAUGUGUACCUAACCCACGAGCCGUGUCUCUGUUGCUGUAUGGGUCUUCUCCUCUCUCGAUUCAGGGCGGUGGUAUACCCCCAGCGCGGGAGGAUGGUCACGGGUGGUCUCGCUUCUGAACCUGUCCCUGUCGUUGGACCUGUUUGCGAUGAAAAUACCGACGUGCGCACGAGCGGCGGAGAGGUCCCGCGAGAAGAUGAGAAUACCCAGAGCCAGAAGCCAAGCAGACUUUAUUACGGGCUCCACUGGCGGAAGGAGCUGAAUUGGCGGGCGUUAGGGUUUGAGUUUGUUGAGGAGUCUGUGGAGAAGAGUGCUGUAACGCUGGCUGAAGAGGGGCUUGCGUUUUAUGCAUGA